CGAUGGCGUGGUGGAGUGAGUUUUACUUUGGACUUAAACAGUGACAUAAAUAUUCUUUGAAAGAUGGAUAACAGUAUCGGGAUCAUUUUCUUUUUAAGUUUACCAAGUCCGUAUCUAAUGCAAGGAAAUAUUUGUCCUUCGGAAGAUGGAAAGGAAGUUGUGCAUAUAUGUGAGAAAAACUUUGUUAGUGGAGACAUUUUCUACUUGAACACCGCCAGAGGUGUAAACUAUGAGGGCAACUGUGUCUGCCAACUCAGAGCGCAAGGUGCUGCCGUUGAUCUCGAGUUAUCAGUUCAUGAAGUCGACGCAGCCUGUGACGCUACCCUGUAUUUCUCACCCCCAAUCGAUCACAUGUAUAACUGUGCAGAUCAGUCACCCCCAACUGUAGCAGGAAGAAUCGAGCCCGGACAGACAGUCUUCAUUUCAUUUUUCAAACCCUCCCCUGACGUCAUAGCUGACUUUUGUGUGAAGGUGGUGCAAACAACAACGGAAGUGGGAUCAAUGGGGUUGACUUGUACACAAGGGACAUUGACACCAGAUGCAUCAUCCCAUCAAACUGACAAUACACAGCAAGCCACUGCUAUAUCUGCUGUUGUUGUCAGCUUGAUCGUCGUCGGUAUUUUUGCUGCCGUUGUAGUGGCGAUACUAUUAAUGGGGCUUGUUGGUUACUGCAGGGAAAGAAGACGAGUAAAGAAAUUACAUGUUUCAGCCGCCCCAAUCAAUAUCAAUGACCAUAGAAGUAUUUCUAGCACGACUCACCAAGGACUCAAGGACGAGAAGUAAUUAUAAGUUUUACUCCUGAAUCAAAAUGUCUUUACCACAGAAGAAUACACAAGAAAUCUUUUUUUGAACUUUGUGGACAUACCUAUAUGCACUGACUGUGUUAGAUAGACUCAUUUACUGAAGUCACACUGGGCCUAACACCAAAGAUAUUCUACUACAAGGAAGGCAACACAUUACGGUUUACUGCAUACAAACAGGAAAUAUGUAACCUGAUUGGUAUAACAACACUGUUAGAUCGGAGCUGAAACAUUGUCCAGACUAUUCUAGGCUCAUAAAUACUAUGCUUGUUAAACAGCUUUUGUUUGUAGGCGUAGUAUGCAGUAAGGUUAUAUUUAGCGUCAUACUUAUCGUAUUUAGUAUUUAUUCAAAUGAAACAGAUGCCUUAAAGUUUCAUUUUGGUUAGAUUAACGUUGAACCAUAUGAAUCUGCAUCUUUUUGAUGAAGGAAUGAGUAAUGCACAUGGCUAUAUCAAGUCUGACAUAUUUUAUACUUACAAGGUCUGUUCGAACUGUAAUUCCUUGGCGAGAGGGUUAAGGAUGGUUGAGGCCUGUUAAUUUGAUAGAAGAUGGAGAGUAGCACAAUUAACUGUAGAUGAAGACUGACAAAUGACCUCUGUAGUAAUACUUAUACACUGAAACAUGUCUAAAAUAUUAAAGUAAAAUUCCUACUGUACAAUGUCUGUCAUUGGAAAUAUGAAAAAUAAACUUUAGGAAAACUUUUCAAAGAAACUUUAUUUUACUUGUCACGGAAAUUACUUGUUAAAAACUAUUCGAAUAUCGAAUAUUUCAGCAAAUCGUCAAAACUAUGUUAUCAGUUACUCAACUAUUAUCAUUA